UGACACGUUUCAGAAAAAUGACAACUGAUGCAGCUAGUAGGACAGAAUGCCCGUUCAAGCAAAAAUGUUAUAGAAAGAACCCGCACCAUUUUAAGGAAUUCAAACAUCAACACUUACAUAACUUGUUGAAGCAGUAUCCAGAUCACAAAGUGGACAAGGAUACAGGGAUAGGGAUAGAAAAUAUUAAGGAACAACUUAAGGUUUAUGAAGACAUAGAAAAGUUCUUCUUAUGGGCGGAGCAUAAAAAGCAAACCAAGAAAAGAUCAAGGUCCAAAUCUCCGGAGGCACAGAGGAAAAAAGAAUUAAAAGUUGACCCUGCUAUAACAGCACAAACUGUCCUGUCUGAGACUAGGACUGAGUCAGCUCAAGUAAACUCUGAACAAACUGGAAAAUCUGAAUCCUCUAAGGAAGGAGGGCCUCUCUGUUUGAUUGAACAGAAGCUAGAGGCUGCCAAGCCGUUCAACUUCUUCUUGACAAAGAUAAAAGAUAAUCCUGCUACACACAAGGAUAUGAUCAGUGUUUACUUGACAGAUCUCAUGCAUCCUAGGCUAGGCAAACUGAAGUCUAGUCUUCAGAUAAACUUCAUGGUCGAGUUAGAUUGGUUGAUGAUGAAUUACGAAGCGACAAAAAAUGACAAAAAACCUUUGGUGAUACUGUAUGGCGAGGAGAACUCGGAUUUAAGUUCUAAUAGUUUACAGGCAAAUAUCAGGGCUGUCAGGGUUAAACCUAAAUAUCCCUUUGGAACCCACCACACUAAGAUGAUGGUGUUUGUGUAUGAAGAUGAGAGUGUGAGGGUUGUGGUGCACACAGCCAACCUUGUGGGUUCAGAUUGGGAGAAUAGAACACAGGGGGUCUGGGUUAGCCCUAGGUGUAUGAAGUUGAACAGCUCAGAGUCUAAAGGAGAAUCCCCGACCAACUUCAAGUCAUCUCUCAUCAAAUACCUUAAAUUCUAUGAAGUGUCUGCUGUCCAUCAGUUCAUCGAUGCUAUCUCUAACUGUGAUAUGUCUGCUAUCAAUGUUUUCUUUGUUGCGUCUGUUCCUAACUCGCACAGAGAUGGAGAUAUCUACAGGUGGGGACACCGAGCAGUAUCAAAGAUUCUUAAACAGCAUGUUUCAGAGGAGGCUCGACGUUGGCCAGUAAAGGUUCAGUGCUCAAGUAUCGGUAGUUUGGGAAAUUCUCCGGACCAGUGGUUUGAACAUGAGCUGGGGAGAAGUUUAUCUUGUUACAACGGAACCUCGGGAGCCUUUCCCUCUUCUGGGCAGAUGGAGUUAAUAUAUCCUUCACAUAAUGACGUGAUGUCCUCGUAUGACGGACCUCUAGGCGGAGGUUGUCUCCCCUAUAGACAGCAGACACACAGUAAACAACCCUGGUUAAUAGAUCAUAUGUAUAACUGGAGAGCAGCUGCUAGUGACAGGACUCGAGCUAUGCCACACAUAAAAACCUAUACCCGACUGGAUUCAGAUAACGAGAAGAUGGCAUAUUUUCUGCUCACAUCUGCGAACCUAUCUAAGGCUGCCUGGGGAAGUAUGAACAAAGCCGGGAACAGCUGUAUGAUAAUGAGCUACGAAGCUGGGGUUCUCUUUAUUCCAAAGUUUAUUACAGGUGAGAAUUUAUUCUCUGUAAGUGGGUUUGAAUCCAGAUUAUCCGGGAGCUCCAGGUUUCCUCUUCACUAUGAUCUGCCACUUCAAAAGUAUUCAGGAUCAGAGAAACCUUGGCUCUAUGACUUUCUUCUCUCAUGAAUCUUUCUAGAAGAUUCCGAAGAAGCAGAAAAAUUGAUAGUUCAAAAAAAUAUCAUUCAUUAAUAAUAAAAGUUUUCUUGGUGGUGCGUAUUGCACGAUAACUAUUUAUGAAUUUAUAUUUCCAGAAAAAAAA